AUAUUGGUCCUGACCUUCUAAAAUCUCCAAAAACCUUAAUUAAACCUUAUCAGCCCGACACCUUCAUUUUCCCCCAAACCCGCAGCUUCACUGAAAUCCCUAAACGGCUAAACCCACACCUCCAUCUUCAUUCUUCUCUCCACAGCUUCCCUUCACCAUCUUCAUUCUGCUCUUGUCGAAUCUUUACCACAGCAGCCUCCGCCCUACAUCUCUGGUUCUUCACCGCAAUCUAUAAUCGACCGAUCCAACGAUCCGAUCCUACCUGAUGAUUUUGAUCCUGCGUAGAAUCCCAAUCCUGACAACCUUGAUUACUGCAAUAAUUACAAGGGUGGUUUUCAAGAAGAGAUGUUAAGGAUGUUCAUUGGAAUAUGGAAGGUUCAACUUUAAAACCCGCAUCCUGCUAUUGAUGUUGGGAUUUUAAUUUUUUUUUUAAAUAAGCUGGCAGCAUACAUUAGUUGGGUUUGAAGAUCUUUUCUUAAAAGGACGAUCUUUCAAGAAACUAGUUGUUAGUACCAAUGGGUAGAAUAUGAGGGAGUAUGAUUAUGGUGUAGGAUAUUGUAUUGUAGGAUAUGAUAUAUGAUAUCAUACAAUUAGAAAGCCUUUUCUCCCUUUUCUUUCUCAUUAGCAUUACAUACAGCACCGGAAAACAGCAUAGUAUUAAUGGCGGCACAACUCAUUUCAAAAUCAAUUUAUUUUCAACGAUUUUUUCCUUCCAUUUCUCGUCUUCUGUCCUCUUUUUCCCCCAAUUCAUCUACAGUUUCCUCAAAAAAACCUUCCAUUCCUUCUUUGCAACCAACUCACGACGCAGAUUUGAUCGCCAACAUUUUAAUCGAACAUCACAACCCUUUUCACUCUAUGGAGUCUUCUCUUCAACUCCAUGGUAUAUCUUUUUCUUCUUUUCUUAUUCAUCAAACCCUAAUUCGUCUAUCUCACCUCUCUAAAAUCGCGCUUUCUUUCUUCUCAUAUUCAAUGUCAUGUCAUUCUUCCUCGAUUGAUGUUGAAUGUUUUAAUCUUAUGAUUGAUAUUCUUGGAAAAGUUCGUCAAUUUGAUGUUAUUUGGCAGCUUAUUCUCAAAAUGCAAACCCUAAAUUUAAAACCCCAAAACGCAACGUUUUUGAUUUUUAUUCGUCGUUUGAUUGCUGCUAGUUUUACCCGACAAGCUAUUCGGGUUUUUGAUGAUAUGCCUUGUUUUAUUGAAACAAAGGCUACUAGAGAUGAUUUUGUUUAUGUGAUUGAUACAUUGUGUAAGUAUGGGCAUGUUAGAGUUGCAAUGGAGUUUUUUAAUAAAAGGAAAUCUGAGUUUGAAUUAUGUGUGAAAGUUUUUGCUGUUUUGAUUGAUGGGUGGUGUAAAAUUCGGAGGGUUGAUAUGGGGGAAAAAUUGUUGAGGGAGAUGAUUGAUAAAGGAAUUGAACCUAAUGUAGUUUGUUAUAAUAUUUUGCUUAACGGUAUUUGUAGGAAAUCGAGUUUACACCCGGAUGAGAGGUUUGACAGGACAAUUCGUGCUGCAGAUAAGGUGCUCGAUGAAAUGCGUGAGAGAGGGAUUGAACCUGAUGUUACUAGCUACUCUAUUGUACUUCAUGUGUGUAGUCGUGCACAUAAGCCAGAUUUGACUUUAGAUAGAUUGGAGAUCAUAAAAGCGAAAGGGGUUUCUCCGAGUGUGGCUACCUAUACGUCGGUCGUUAAGUGUCUUAGUUCAUGUGGAAGGAUGGAAGAAGCUGAGAAGUUAUUAAAUGAGAUGGUUGAUAAUGGAGUUACACCAAGUGCUGUAACAUAUAAUUGUUUCUUUAAGGAGUUUAGAGGAAGAAAGGACGCAGAAAAAGCUUUAGAUUUGUAUAGGAGGAUGAAAAAGGAAGGUGUGUGUGUUCCUAGCUUGCACACAUAUAAUAUUUUGGUGCAAAUGUUUGUGAAAUUGGAUAAGAUGGAGAUUGUUGAGGAGAUAUGGAAUGAUAUGAAAGAAGCUGGGGCCGGACCUGAUUUGGACUCAUAUACCGUGUUAAUUCAUGGGUUGAUUGAGAAAGAGAAGUGGAGGGAGGCUUGUAAGUAUUUUGUGCAAAUGAUUGAGAAAGGGUUUCUUCCACAAAAGGUCACGUUUGCGAUGCUUUAUCGAGGAUUAAUACAAGCUGAUAAGCUUAGAACAUGGAGGAGAUUGAAGAAAAAACUUGAGGAGGAGUCUAUAUCAUUUGGGUCUGAGUUUGAAGAUUACCACUUUCAUCCAUACAAGAGAUGAAUCACUCAUCAUAUAAUGUGUGCAUUAAUGACCAUUGUUUGGAUGGGAAACUGAGCACUGGAAGACUUCUGAAUUACAGUUUCACCAUUGAUGUUUCAAAUGCAGUUGGCAAUUAUGAGUUGGUUUUGUCUAUCCUACAAAUUGACGUUGAUGGGAAAAAAUUCAGUAAAAGGUGGGGUCGACAGCAGGGUUCGAACCUUCACGGGCAAAGCCCAAUAGAUUUCAAGUCUGUCUGCUUAAUCACUCGGAGAUAUCAACAUCUGUUUGAUCAAAAGAGCAUUAUAGGACGUGGUAGUCUAAGUAAAUAACGGCUAUUUGUAAUAUUGACAAAUCACUCUUACUAUAGUAAUUUACAAAUCACGAUGAUUGAUUAGAAAUUUCUAUUUUAGUACGGGCUUUUUAAUUCAAGUGCAGCCAUUUAUUUUUAGUUAGUAAUCUGAAUGUUAUGCCACAUGGAAUAAUGUCUAGACUUUAAACUGAGUUUAGGGCUAUGGUAUAAUUCAUUUUCAAAAAUAAUGAGAUGUUCCCAUGGUCAAAAAUUUGCGUCAAGUACCUUUUCGGAGUUGGUGAUCACAAUGUGUUACUAAUCAUAUAAUUUGUGCAUUAAUAAACAGUUUGUGGACUGGAACUUGAGCCUUGAAAUGCUUCUGAUUAAGAGUAAAAAAUCUAAUUCUGGGCGACACGUUAUUUAUUA